UCUCUAUGGUCCCGGAUGUGGUUGCGCCGGGGAGGGCGGGCGCGCUCGCUCGCCCGCUCGCUCUUCCUGCCCUGCCUCUCUAUGGUGACUUUCCGGGGGGAAGGGCCGCCGGCGCCGCCGCGCGCCUGCGUGAGCCGGGCCCGCUGCCCCCCCGCCGAGGCCGCUGUCCGACGCGGUGAGCGGCGGCGGCGGCUGCCAGCGCUCGCGGCGCCGCCGGUGCGGAGGAAGGCGCGCGCCCCGCCCGCCCUCGGCCCCCGCCGCGCCGGGGGGGCCGCGCCCCCGCCCCGCUGCGCCGCUGGCAUCCCCGGGGCUGCGCGGCGGCAAAUGGUGGGGCCGGACGAUGCCGGAGCUCCGGGCAGCGCAGCCGUGCUUCCCGCGGGCCGGCAGGAGGCGGCGGCGGCGGAGGAGGCGGCGGAGGAGGAGGAGGAGGAGGACGGGGAGCGGGAUGGGAGCCGGGGCUUGAGCCGGAGGAGCGGCGGGCCGGGGCAGGAGCGGCUGCUGCAGCGGUACCUGGCGGCGGCGGCGGCGGGUGGGAAGCGCUGCCCGGAGAAGCCCGCCAACGGGGCCGCCUACGCCGUGGGCCCCCGCGGGAGGAUGACCAACGGGGACGUCGGCUUCCUGCUGCUGCCGCCGCCGGCGGAGCCGCCGCCGCCGCCCCCUCGGGCUGGACGGGCCGAGCCGGGGCGGGAUGAGCCGGGGCCGGGGGAGGAGGAAGCGAAACUGCAGAACGGGGGCUUCCUCCCCUGCCCGCCCGGCCCGGGGGGCGGCGGCGGCGGCGGCGUCCCCGCGGGAACCGCCUUGGAAGAGCCGCUGAGGAGCUGCCGGCUGCGGAGCGAGGCGGAGCGGCGCGGGGGGGCGGCGGCCGGCAGCCCCCCGCCGCCCCGCGGCCCGGGGGACGACGCCGGCAGCCGGGCGCAGGCCGCCCCCGGCGUGCGGACCUCCCGGUGCCGGCCGGAGCCCGCUGCCCUGCCCCCGGCGCCCCUCGGCUUCACGGACGUGAACCUGAACUCCCGCAACACGUACGAGGUGAGCCGCCGCCGCAGCGCCCCGGAGCACCUGCCCCACGGAGGGCCGGCGCCCGCGGCCCCGGCGCCGCCGCCGCAGGAGCCGGCGGAGAGGGCCCGGCGGGCGGGCAUCGCCGGCGCCGGCAGCAGCUUUGCCGAGUUCUUCACCAGAAACUUUUUCACUAAAAGGACAAAGGAACUCAAACCUGCUGUCCAAAGCGCUCCUGGUUGGAAGUUGUUUGGAAAAGUCCCACCCAGGGAAAACCUUCCAAAAGAUUCCAAAAUUAUUCAGCAGGAUGACAGUUCUGGCAGUCUUGCGUCAAUAUCUGCUCUCAGUCUAUUAAACACGGGGGAAUAUGAAGCACGGACAGGAAGAAUGUAUAAACCUCCGCCCCCAUCAGCAAGACGUAAAAAUAUUGAAUUUGAACCCCUUUCAACUACUGCUUUGAUUCUGGAGGAUCGACCAGCAAAUCUUCCUGCCAAAUCAGUGGAGGAGGCUUUACGUCACCGACAAGAAUAUGAUGAGAUGGUAGCAGAGGCAAAAAAACGAGAAAUUAAAGAAGCACAUAAAAGGAAAAAAAUAAUGAGAGAGCGUUUCAAGCAAGAAGAGAGUAUUGCCAGUGCUAUGGUGAUUUGGGUCAAUGAAAUACUACCUAACUGGGAAGGCAUGCGUGCUACCCGAAGAGUUCGAGAGCUGUGGUGGCAGGGAUUACCGCCAAGUGUACGUGGGAAGGUUUGGAGUCUAGCUGUGGGAAAUGAAUUAAAUAUCACUCCUGAACUUUAUGAAAUCUUUUUGUCGAGAGCUAAGGAACGAUGGAAAAGCUUCAGUGAGACAAGUUCUGAGAAUGACAUAGAAGAUGCAGGUGCAUCUGUUGCUGAUCGUGAGGCCAGUCUGGAGCUAAUUAAGUUGGAUAUAUCACGCACAUUUCCAUCUCUGUAUAUUUUCCAGAAGGGUGGUCCUUAUCAUGAUCUCCUGCAUAGUGUUUUAGGAGCAUACACAUGUUACAGACCGGAUGUGGGAUAUGUACAAGGGAUGUCCUUCAUUGCUGCUGUGCUCAUUCUCAAUCUGGAAGAGGCAGAUGCUUUCAUUGCCUUUGCUAACCUUCUAAACAAGCCAUGCCAGCUGGCCUUUUUCCGUGUGGAUCACAGCAUGAUGCUGAAAUACUUUGCAGCCUUUGAAGUCUUCUUUGAAGAAAAUCUUCCCAAAUUGUUUCUUCAUUUCAAAUCAUACAGUCUUACUCCAGACAUAUAUUUGAUAGACUGGAUUUUUACACUCUACAGCAAGUCAUUACCACUUGAUCUGGCCUGUCGUGUCUGGGAUGUUUUCUGUAGAGAUGGAGAAGAAUUUUUGUUUAGGACAGGAUUAGGAAUCCUUCGGUUAUAUGAAGAUAUUCUCCUGCAGAUGGACUUUAUUCAUAUAGCACAGUUUCUAACAAAACUUCCAGAAGACAUUACAUCAGAAAAGCUUUUUAGUUGUAUUGCAGCUAUUCAGAUGCAGAAUAGUAACAAAAAAUGGGCACAGGUGUUUGCCUCACUGAUGAAGGACAACAAAGAAGGGGACAAGAACCAUAGCCCAGCACUGAAAAGCUAAUCGUUGUAAUGUUGAGGUCAGUUGAAAAUGUGGAAAACCACUUGAUGACAAAGGAGUUUUCACAUCACUUCUAUGUGGAAAAGCACUAUAGAAUAUGUGAAAAUGAGAUGGGAAAAUGACACAGCUCUCAGUGGAGUAAUGAACUGAUGAAAUCUUCACCCUUUUGCCAGUAUUAGCUUUUGUUGUGGGAAGAUUUGUUUUCACACAGAAUACUAAAACCUAUGAAACUGAGAAGUGGGGGAGUUAAUAUUUAAUACUUUAAAAGAAUCAGCUCAAUGCAAUAAGCAUUUGUAAUAGCUUCUGUUGGUACUUUAAAAAAAAUUUUGAGGCAUAACUUUUUUUACAAAUACCACAAAGGCACUUUUUUGGGGGGAUGAGGGAAAUGCUAAAUCUUAAGGCCCCAAAACUGCUAUCCAAACCAAAUGCUUUGGUACAAAUAUUACCUCCAAAAUUAACCAUUUUGAAAGUAUUGAGGACCAAAUAAGGUUGUUUGAUAUGUUUAUGUGCAAGAUGGUUAAAAUUUGAGAAGGGGUAUUGUCUUAUUUACUCGUGUUUUUUGUUGUUUUUCUUUUUUUUUUUCUUUUUCUUUUUUUUUUUUUUUUUUUUUUUAAGUUGCAGCUUCAUUCUUCAGUCUGGGCAAAUGUAAUUAACUCAGGAACUGUGGAAGUAUUGUGCCCAAACCUGUUAGAGCAAAAAUCAUCUGAAUUUUAAAACAGUGGUAAGAUCAGGGCUAUUAUUUUCAGAGCGUACAGCUUUCAAAGCAAGUGGUGUUAAGCAUUUGUUUUGGUGUAUUGGUUGUGCAGCUUAUUAAAAAUGGAGUGGGUAUUCUGUGAAAGGGUUUUGCCACCACAAGUUUUAUUUUGUCGAGCCAUUUCCAGCUGACAAAUACUUGUAUGCAAUGGUGAACACUAGAAACAGACAAAGUUAUCUGCAGACUUUGUGUUGUCAAAGGAGCAGCCACUUUUAACACUUAGGAAUAAUGCAGACACAGAAUUGGUUUUGAAACUAUCUUUUAUUAGUGUGCAAUACUGAAAUCCAAAAAGCGUCUGGUUUAGUGAUACUUAAUUCUUUAACAUCUUUUCACUGUGAGACAUAAGGUCAUAUUUUAUGUGUCACAGCAGAUAUUUUCAAACAUUUCCUGUUCUCAAAUAAGUUUUACAACAACUUGUGAUUGUAGAGGAUGGAAAUUUAAAAUGGAUAGCACUGCAGGUGAGGAACACUUGCGCUCCUUUGGUCCAUUUUUGCUAGUAUUUAAUGUAAAUAAAUUCCUUACAUGUGGGUUUUUGUAACUGGUCCCUCUGUGGAAAUCAAGUCAAAAUUACCAUUAUGUGUUUUUAAAUGCAGGAAUCUUCCAGUUGUCUGGUGUUUAAAAGCUACAUAAUUGGGGUAAAGAUUUAGUGUGGUGUAACUUACAUUGCUAUCUGGUUUAAAAACUACAUAUAUGCUCCUUACUCCUCAUAACAUUACAAUUUGAAAUGUAAAUGUCAGAUUUUUCUUAACUUAUGUAUUCACUACUUUAAUUGGAUCCAAUUUGUCUUAUAUUUUUGUGUUAUCUUGUACAGUUUUCUUACUUUUCAACUAUAAAUCUGUAUAUAACUGUAAAUAGAAGGAUCAAACCUUCCUUUAAGACCACUAGUAACAAUUCCAGUGUAAAUAAAACUUAUAGCAGUUG